AACGUUGCUGAUUUCAGUUAUGCCUCAGAGUAUGGCAGGUGAACUAUGAGUUCUGCACAAUAUCUGUAUUGCAUAGUACGCGGCAGAAUAAUGUACUUAAUACGAAGUUCGUCAAAAUUGUGAAUCUUGAUUGAGUGUUCAUUAUGUGAAGAGAUAAGCAAGGUUUCUAAAGACAAAAGUUUCACCGAUUUUUGUUGGGAAUAGUGAUUAAGUGUGUGACAAUAGAAUUUUUUGUGUGUGACGAAAUCAGUUUGAGUGUGCAACGAUAUAAAAUUAAUAACAUCAGUGAAACAUAAUUCAAAAUGUUAUCAACGUUUGCAUCCGUUCGGCCUUAUAUAAAGUUUCGCUACGACAACGUCCUCAUUGAUAACAUUGCAUUCAAAUUGCAUUAUCGAUGGACUUUCUCAAUAUUGAUAGCGUGCACGAUACUUGUUUCAGCAAGGCAGUACAUUGGAUCGCAUAUUGAAUGCAUUUCAGAAGGUGCAAUUCCUACUCGGGUCAUAAAUACUUUCUGCUUUUUUACGCCAACGUAUACAAUUGUAAACCAUCUGAAUGAAACGGCUCUAAACGCUGGAGCUGUUCCACAUCCCGGAAUUGGGCCAGACACAUUUGGCAAGGAUUCAAUCAAAAGGCACGCCUACUACCAAUGGGUUCCAUUUGUAUUAUUCGCGCAGGCAAUUUGCUUCUACCUGCCUCAUGCUCUAUGGAAACACCUCGAAGGUGGCACUAUUCACGCACUUACCCGUGGCUUAAAAAUGGUACAAAUCUCAAAGUACAUGCCAACGAGUGAGAAAUUCGAAGUAUGCGGUCGAAGCUUUCCAGCAAAGGACACCGUUGAUAGCUCAGCUAUAACAAUCAAGACAACUUUCAUUAAUCGCCUUAAAGUUAACAAAUAUUGGGGAUCAUGGUUGAUACUUUGCGAAUUUCUGAACUUCCUCAACGUUCUUCUGCAAAUUCGCUUCGCUGAUCUGUUUCUGGCCGGACAGUUCCUUGGUCUGGGGCCGAAAGUGGUGCAUGAGGAUUGGAGUGGCAUGGAUGUGCUGGAUAUUGUUUUCCCAAAGGUGACGAAGUGCACAUUUAGAAAAUUCGGCCCUUCAGGGACUGUACAGGUGCACGAUUCGUUGUGCAUAAUGGCCCUGAAUGUGGUCAAUGAGAAAAUUUACACUUUCCUGUGGUUCUGGUUCAUGUUUUUGUUGGCGGCCAGUACUUUGGCGUUGUUAUGGCGAUUGUUGACUCUUUUCUUGCAUAGAUCCUCUGCCUUCAAUGACAAACUCUUUUCUUAUGCUUGCGCUCGUCGCGUUGACCGUCAAGAUAUUGAAGUCGUAACACAAAACUGCUCUUACGCGAACUGGUUAUUCCUGUACUAUUUGGCCAAAAGUAUGGAUGAUUACAUUUUCCAACAGGUCUUGAAGCAACUGGCCGAAGAGUUCUGCAGGUGUGGUCGCCGAGAGAGGCAGGAAAAUGAUGCAAACCAGCAAACAGAACAGGACGAAGAAGGCGACUCAUGGGAGAAACCAAAAUCGAUAGACAGUGUGGAUAGUACUACUGCAGAACUGCUUUUUGGGAAGUCAUAAAAAGAUUAUAUAACAUAGUCUGGACCCUUACUUAAAAAUAUAUUUUUUUAGUCUAUAAGGUGUGUCUCAAUUACUUAAUUAUAAAUAUAACUUUGUAUAUUG